AUGGCAGCCUACCGAGCUCCAGCACUGCGCGGUCUGCUCGGACGGUCGCUGCCGGGCCUGCGCAGCAGCGCGGCACCGCAGCGGCAGCAGAGACGCUGGGCGCAGGUACACGACGUGCGGUUCCUGGCCACGACGCAAGCCUCGCGCAACAUUGCCGAAAAGUACAAGGACAAGCUGGACCGCAAAGCCAAGGAGGAAGGGCACACGGAUGUGAGCUCGCUCAAGGCCGCCUACGCCGACAAGAUCAUCGAGCAGCGCACCAAGAACAAGAUCUCGGUCCCGGGGCUCGACGCCCUGCUCGCCGACGAGGAGGCGCCCGCACGGCCACCCGUGGGAGAGACACAGCAGACAUCAGAGAGCGCGGCGCCGGGCGCCGGCUCGCAUCCGAACCCGCCAAAGCAGCCCGCGGCCGCCCGGCCGGCGUCGACAAAGUCGGGCAUCAAGCCGCUGUCCGAGAUCCUGGACAUGGACAAGGCGCGGGAGCUGCCCGUCAAGGAGCUCGGGGCAGUGUGGCGGCUCCGGCACGCCUCGAGCGCCUCGUCGCUGUGCGCCGUGAUCGAGGCGCCGACGUACCAGGCCCUGGAGCAGACGGCGCGGGCGCACCCAAACUUUGUGCUGCCCGUGCCGCGCGAGGGCGCCGGCGCCGAGAUCCACUACCUGCAGUGGGUGUUUGACCGCGAGUCCCGCACCGCCACGGCCCUCUUCACCCAGCUUGCCGAGUACAAGGCGCGCGGCGAGUGGGCCCAGCCGCACACGAGCGUCACGCACUACUACGACGAAGGCGUCGCCGCCCGCCAGGGCGUCGUGCUCAUGGCCGGUAAUGUCGUCGACGGCCGCGGCGCCAAUAUCCAGGACGCUCAAUGGCUUGUCAUGCUGAUGCAGCGCUUCUACGGCCCCGAAGCCCUGGCUGGCGAUGGCGCCAAGAGGAAACUGCUGGAGGACUUUGCCAGGGGUGCAAAUGGCGGCUUUACUGUUGAGAAGUUGCUGGAGGAGAGUGAGAAGCUCGGCUGA